GGUGAAAACACAGGUGUGUCAUAACAAAGAUAGAUAUUACACAUAGGUUUGUGUAUUGUUAAUAGAUUUACAACACAUUGCUCUGAUCUUAAUAUUCAUAUGGAUUUUAUAAAAAUUAUUCAAAGGGUCAGGUCAUGUAAAACAAGAGACUAAAUAAUCGGAACAAUGCCAUCUAAGAAAGACCGACGUAAAAUUCUCUCUCAGAUCUGGGCUACUCCUACCCCAGUGGAUGUGGAUUUUUUUGACAAAGGAAAUGAAAUUGUUGUUACAACAGCAUAUAAGGGUGACAAAACUAUAUGGUGGUUACGUGUGUUCAAAAGUAUAUUCCCCGAUAAAACUUAUAGGGAGAAAGCAGACAUCACCAAAAUGAAAAUUGCUCCCGCAGUGACAGUGAAAAUUAAUAAACGAACAGGAAUAAUGAAAAUUUAUGGUAAAAAUCACUGGAUAUGGUUUAUAGACAAUUUUGCAGACAUUUUGGAGCAAGCUAAUUCCGACAUGCAGGAAUUGGCAGAUGUGCAAUCUGUAUCAGACAAUUCUGUAACACGUUAUCUACAACUGGAUAAAAAUGUGGAAGAGGUUCAAGACUUACUGGAUAUGAUACCAGAAGGUGGGGGUAUAAUGCAGCAUGAUUAUAUAAUGAGAUUGUGGAAAAGUUUACUAGAUGACUGGUUUGGUUGUGGUGCAAGUGUUUACAUAGUUACACCGAGAAUUGACGAGGAACGUUUAUUUCAGAUGUGUUUGUUGAUGAUUCGAAACAAAGGAACUGCAUUUUCUGUGACCUUAGUUGUGCCAGUGAAAGGACCUAACGGUGAAAAAUUCAAAAAAUCGCUGGAUACUGCAGUCAGAAUGAUGAAGAAAACAAGAACUCCACGGACUCAGAAAAGACUUGUUUCUGAUGUGAAGAUGCAGUGGGCAUUAGACAAUUUACAUGUUCACAAUGAAAACUUUUCAACAAAUUUUGUGGCAGCUUACAAAGACGACGAAGCAGAAGUGCUUACAACAACAGCUCAUUUUCAUAAAAGUCAUUUUCACACAAAUCAAAAGGACAAUGUUUGCUACAACAAAUUGCCAACUCAGGACCUUAAAAGGAACUAUUUAUUCCCCUUGGGAGUUUCAAGUGUCAAUUACUGAUUCAUUUCAUUCAAAAUAUUUUUUUUGCAUGUGCAAUUAUCAUUAUAACACUGCAUGUUACACACAAGUUAAGCAUACAUGUAUAAUUUAGAAGAAUGAAGUAAAAUAUAAAAAAAACACCCUUUAAUAGACAAAUCUUUAUCAUAUUUAUUAAACUUUAAAAUGGUUCUUAUCUUGUUCGUGUCAAUUUAUUUAAAUUUUCAAUUUGUUUUUAAAUUCAAAUUCACAACAAGUCAUUAUUCAAAGGUAUAUUUAACACUACAUCUAAUCUAUUGAUUUUGUUUGUAAUUUGCUAUAAGAAUCUGGAUUUAUUGCAAAAGUGCCAUACAUUAUUUUAUCUUUAAUCAUUCCAUGCAAGCCAUUUUAGUUACAUGUACUCGUUGGAACUUGAAAGUGCACAAUAUAAUUUUUCCCCAAUAAAAGGGAAUGAUAUUGACCAAAAGAAGGAUUGCAAAACAAAAUUAUCAUUUAUUUUUUUUAUUUCUUAAAUCAAUGAAUUUCUUUCUUCAAAAUCAAGAGACAGAAAAUAAAACACUCCCCCAAAAAUUACAUUGUUUCCUGAUGUUCAUGGUAUAUUUCAGUACACACAUGUUGCAUGUCACAUCAAUGUUAUUUCUUGUUUACAGGAUCUGAUAAGUGAAAAAUGUCAACAAGUUAUAUAUUUUAACAACAUUUCAUCCAUUCAUGUCAGUUAAUCAUCCACAAUGCAGGUUAUGUAGUUCAAAAGUAAUCCGGUUACAAAUGUUGUCAAUACAUGUACAUUUUUUAGUAAUUCAAUUUUGAAUGAUUUUGAUAAAAGAAAAUACAAGCAGUUUUCAAAUCAUAUAUGAAAUGAAAUCCACUUGACAAUAACUUUGUAAUAACAUCCAAAUGUAAUUUUAAACUGCUUAUGGUCAUAUGAUACUUUAGCAAGGGGAAAUAGUAAUGCAUCUAAAUGUAAUGUAUUGCUAUUAAAUGAUAAGCAUCCAAAAUUGGCAGAAAAUUUCCCAGAGGUCAUCAAAUUGGCUAAGUGAAUUUGAAAGCAUUUGCAAAGGAAAACAAACACAAAGUAUAUUUAAGCACACAAAAUCUACUGCAGGGCCAGGGUCAUAAAAUUAUAGGCAUAUGAAGACUGUUUACUUUUCUGUCAUUAAUAAGUUCUAAAUUAUGGCAGUAAUAACAUUUUGAAGUAUGGCAAGAAAAACUGCAUGACAAUGUUUUAUUAAGAGUACAGUGCACUUUGAUUUAGCUCUAGAAAUUGGAAAUUAAAUUUUCAGCAUUAAGAAAAGUAAGUAUUCUGUUUUUAGCUAAAAGUAAGCAAAUAGACCCCAUUAUUUUUUUUCUUUCCUCAUUGAUUGUAAACUGCUUCAAGAAUGUUAUAUAGAUUGCAAGAAAAGGUCAACAGUAGAUAUUUUUUGUAUGCAUUUGUUGCAAAAGUAAUCUACUGCUUUCUAUUACCUAAAAUACCAAAACUUCAAACUGAAAUAUCUAGAAAAUGUAAUGCAUGAAGGUAAUUAUUUUCCUUUGCAUAUUUCGGGAGAGCAAAUCAAUGUUGACUUUCGUCAAAAAUUUAUGUAAGAUCCCUUCUGUAUCUAAGACCUUUUUAAAAUAUAUAUACAAUCAAAACAUUGAAAAUUAAAAAAAGAAUAUUUUUUAAUAAUAAAUUUUAUUUACAAAAGAGAGGGCAUGUACUGAUCAGUCAUAAUAUAUUGCACAUUUUUGACAAUAUUCAUAUUUCCCUCAACUAUUUAUUCUUUCUACUUUUUAUGAAAGGUACAUCUACAAAGGGAAGCAAUUCAGAACGUUUUUUAUAUCUGCUUUAACUAUUUUAGACAUAUAAUUUGAGGAGCUGAUAUUUUUUUCACAACUAAAUGAAAAACCAACAGAUGAAAAAACCGUUAUGAAAGCAUAAUGCAGUGUAACUGCCUUUAAACUGUGAACAAAUGUCAUUUUGUGUCAAUUUUUUCACCUGGUUUAACUUAUGUGAUUAUGAUUUAACGAAAAAGUAUAUUAUAAAUAGAAAAAGGCCAUUUCAUAAUCUAUGCAUCUUAUAACAAAAAAAUUGUCUUCUUGCUUUCAUAUAAAAUUCUGUACUUUAUAUGAUAAUUUAUACAUUUCAAAUAAAUCAAUGUAUUCUUUUA